GCCGGGCUUCCUAACAGGCUGACAAACUUAAAACACAGUACCAGUCAUCGCCUAACAAACUUUACGUAUAAAAUAUUCAGAUAUUCAGAAACAGUAUUAACUAUGGUUAGGGUUUAGCUCUGCCAAUAAUCCUGAAGGAGACGAGAUAUACAAGCAGCCGGCGUGCAGGCGGUGCCUGAAAGGAAAACUCAGUGGAAAAUACCCCUUCUAUAUGUAAUCGUAACUAAGUUACCAGGCAACGCUAAAGGAGUUGAUGCAAGAUGGCGAAAAACCACAACGAAAACUGCAAUUAUGUAGUUGUUUAGUUAACGUACAAUGCAAACGAAGUAAAUCGGUAGUUAUUUUCUAGUUGGUUACUGUUUAAGCACAAAGCGUCUCAGACAAGAUGGAGGAUGAAGAGACAACGCUUGCUUUGAUCAGGUACUACUGCUAUGAAAAGUAUUUCAAUCACGCUGUAAACGCUGCAACAGCUGCUCAGAGGAAAUUCAGCAAUGAUCCUGUCUACAGUUUUUUCCAUGCAUAUGGUAUCUUAAUGCAAGAUCAAAUUCAAGAAGCUUCAGUAGAGUUGGACAGAAUAAGAGAUAGUCGAGAUGUAUCUCUCUGCACAUUGAUGGCUCUUGUCUAUGCUGAGAAAAAAAAGACAAACCCAGACAGAGAAGUAAUUCAAGAACUUGAUGCAAAGGUCAAAGAGGAUCGUAAAAGUGCAUCUCCCAAGAGUCUUUACUAUGCUGGGAUGUUUCUAUGGCUGUUGGGGCGAAAUGACAAGGCAAGGGAGUACACAGAGAGAAUGAUCAAACUCUCCAGUGGCUCUAGAGAGGGAACAAUCCUGAAAGCCUGGAUAGAUGUGACAUCUGGUAAAGAUGCCUACGCCAGGAAGGCUGGAAAAUACUUUGAUGAGGGACUGAAAGAGAGAGCAGAUGUUUUUGCUCUGAUGGGAAAGGCACAAUACUAUGAAUAUCGUCAGAACUACUCCGGAGCAUUGGAGAUGGUUAACCAGGUCAUUGUUAGUUUCCCUGGGUUCUUGCCUGCUCUUAUCAAGAAGAUGAAACUGUUGCUCAGCCUUCAAGACUGGGAGCAAACCAUAGACGCAGCCCACAGACUUUUACAGAAGGAUAAAAAUAACUUGGAGUCACUACGGAUCUUAGCUCUACAUUCUUUAUGUAGAGAUGGAGAUAUUACAGAGUCAGUAAAGCAGCUUUCAAACCUCAUCAGCAACUUGGAUAUUCUGGAACCACACAACCCUGAGCUCUUCUAUAGAAUGUCUCUAGCCUUCACUCGUGUUUGUGGACGAAAUGAGAAAGUGAUUGAGCAGACGUUCAGGAUGGUGGAAAGAGCCUUCUCUGUGGCAUCAGGGGACUCAGAUUUAGCCACAGAGUUGGGCUACCAGAUGAUUCUUCAGGGCAGAAUCAAGGAGGCUAUGAAGUGGUACAAGACUGCCAUGACUUUAGAUGAGACCAGUGUUUCUGCUUUGACUGGAAUAAUUCGUUGCCAGCUGAUAGAGGGCCACCUUGAGGAUGCAGAACAACAGUUGGAAUUUCUUACAGAGAUUCAACAAUCUAUUGGAAAAUCGGGGGAGCUACUGUACCUGCGUGCUGUUCUGGCGGGGAAAAAGCGCCGUCCUCAGGAAGAGGUGACCAACCUGCUGAACGAUGCAGUGGACACACACUUCUCCACACUGCAGGGUCUGCCGCUGGGAGUGGAGUACUUUGAGAAGCUCAACCCUGACUUCCUUUUGGAGAUUGUCAAAGAGUAUCUUGCACUUUGUCCUGCUAAGCCUCCAGCUCAGGGCCAGCCUCCUGCUCCUCGGCUCCAGCACUGUGCCACAUUGUUGGAUACUGUCGUCAGGAUUGUGCCAGGUCUCCUCCAAGGGAUCUUCCUGUUAGCCAAAGUCAGAUAUCAGUCUGGCGACACUGAUGCUGCUCAGAGCAGUCUACAUCAUUGCUUGGAACAGUGUCCUUCUCAUGCAGAUGCUCAUCUGCUAAUGGCACAGAUCCAUCUGCUGCAGGGUAACUUCUCUUUGUGUUCCCAGUCUCUUGAACUCUGCCUCAGCCAUAACUUUGAGAUUCAAGAACAUCCUUUAUACCACCUGAUCAAGGCUCAGACUAAGAAGAAAAUGGGUGAACUGACAGAGGCUAUUCAGACACUGCAAAUGGCCAUGAGUCUUCCAGGUGUCCGAAGAGCUGGAUCCUCAUCCAAGUCAAAGAGUAAGAAGAUUGAGCUGAGUCCUGCUGACUGUGUCUCUGUCUUCUUGGAAUUAGCUGAGACCCUGUGGCUCAAUGGCGAACAGCAUGAAGCAGCAAAGGUGAUGCAAGAUGCCAUCAAUGAGUUCUCGGGCACCCCUGAGGAGUUACGUGUCACUAUUGCCAAUGCGGACCUGGCCCUGCUGCGCGGUGACACCGAGCUGGCACUGAGUAUGCUCAGAAACAUUACCCCUGAGCAGCCCUACUACAUCCAAGCCAAGGAAAAAAUGGCAGACAUUUAUCUGAACCACAGAAAAGAGAAACGUCUGUAUGCAAGCUGUUACAGAGAAAUGGUGGAGAAGCUGCCCAGCCCUCACACAUAUCUCUUACUAGGUGAUGCCUAUAUGAACAUUCAAGAACCAGAGAAAGCCAUUGAGGUUUAUGAGCAUGCUCUGAAGAAAAACCCCAAAGAUGGUGCUUUAGCCAGUAAGAUUGGAAAAGCCCUGGUCAAGACACAUAACUACAUCAAGGCAAUAAAUUACUAUGAAGCAGCCUUGAAAACUGAGCAGCAAAACUUCCUACGCUAUGACCUGGCUGAGCUGCUGAUGAAGAUGAAGCAGUAUGAGCGCUGUGAGAGAGUCCUGCAUGAAGCUCUAGCCCAUGAGCCAGUGAAUGAACUACCGGUGCUCUCAGAUGAUUGCCGUUACCUGGUCCUGUUGGCAAAGAUCCAAAAUAAGGUUGACAAAAAUGAGGAAGCUUUACUUUCCCUACAAAAAGCCCGUGAUGUGCAGGCCAAGGUCCUGAAGCGGGUGCAGUUGGAGCAGCCUGACGCCGUCCCCAUGCAGAAGCAGCUCGCUGCAGAGAUCUGUGCUGAGAUCGCUAAACACUACACAAGUCAGAGGGGCUAUGAGAGAGCAGUCAAAUUCUACAAAGAAGCUCUUGUGUAUUGUGAGACUGAUCGCAAGGUGAUGCUGGAGCUGGCUCGGUUGUACCUCACUCUGGAUGAGGUUGAUGCGUGCCAGGAGCAGUGCAGCGUCAUUCUGAAGAAUGACCAGUUUAACGAAGACGCAACUCUGAUGAUGGCUGACAUUAUGUUUAGGAAGCAAGACUAUGAACAGGCAGUUUUCCACUUUCAACAACUCCUGGAGCGCAAACCAGACAACUACCCAACUCUUUCACGUCUUAUUGACUUGCUGAGGAGGGCUGGGAAGUUGGAAGAAGUCCCCAGAUUUCUUGAUAUGGCAGAAAAACAUUCUUCCAGGACUAAGUUUGACCCUGGGUUCAACUACUGCAGAGGACUUUAUCUUUGGUAUACAGGAGCUCCUAAUGAUGCUCUGCGACACUUCAACAAAGCACGGAAAGACAAUGAUUGGGGUCAAAACGCUGUGUAUAACAUGAUUGAAAUCUACCUAAACCCUGACAAUGACACCAUGGGAGGAGAAGUAUUCGAAAAUUUAGACGGUGAAAUUGGGAACUCCACAGAGAAGCAGGAGUCAGAGCAGCUUGCUGUGAGAACAGCCGAGAAGCUGCUGAAGGAGUUAAAGCCUCAGACAUCGGGCGGACACAUCCAGCUCCACAUCCUGGAGAACUACUGCUUUCUGGCAACUAAACAGAAGGUCAAUGUUGAGAAAGCCCUCAGUGUUUUUACAGAGAUCGCAAACAAUGAGAAAGACCACGUCCCAGCACUUUUGGCCAUGGCGACAGCUUAUAUGAUGCUAAAACAAACUCCCCGAGCCAGGAACCAGCUCAAACGCAUAGCUAAAAUGAACUGGAGCAUUGUUGACGCCGAUGAGUUUGAGAAGAGCUGGCUGCUCUUGGCAGACAUCUACAUCCAUUCGGGGAAGUAUGACAUGGCCGGGGACCUCUUGAAGCGAUGCCUCAAUCAUAACAAGUCAUGCUGUAAAGCUUAUGAAUAUCUGGGCUACAUAAUGGAAAAAGAGCAGGCAUUCCGUGAUGCAGCACUCAACUAUGAACUGGCUUGGAAAUAUGGAAAUCGGACUAACCCAACUAUUGGGUACAAGCUUGCUUUCAACUACUUAAAGGCUAAGAGGCAUGUUGAUGCCAUAGAUGUGUGUCAUAAGGUUCUGGCUGCUCAUCCAAAUUAUCCAAGAAUGAGAAAGGACAUCCUGGACAAAGCCCGGGCUGCCCUUAGAUCUUAGUAUUGGACCUGUGUGUGUGCGAGAGAUGGAAUCAAUGUUUCUCUAAUAAAAAUGAGUUAACUUUGA